CGCUAUGUAGCAGUACAACUCCCAGCGGAUCGAGCGUUGUCCGGAAAUGAAACACGGUACUGUCGGAAAAAGAAAAUGGAAGCGGUAGUGUUCAUUCUCUCACUUGUGGACUGCUGUGCACUGAUAUUCCUCUCCGUGUACUUUAUCAUCACCCUGUCUGAUCUGGAAUGUGACUACAUCAACGCUAGAGCCUGCUGUUCCAAGCUGAACAAAUGGGUAAUUCCAGAGAUGAUUGGCCAGUGUCUGUCCACAAUGCUGAUGUUGGUCUCUAUGCACUGGUUCAUCUUCCUCCUCAACCUGCCUGUAGCAGUCUGGAACAUUUAUAGCAGGUAUAUGAAGGUUCCGAUGGGAAACAUGGGAGUAUUUGACCCAACUGAAAUCCACAACCGAGGUCAGCUAAAGUCCCACAUGAAGGAGGCCAUGAUUAAACUGGGUUACCACCUGCUCUGCUUCUUCAUAUAUUUGUACAGCAUGAUCCUGGCUCUAAUCAACGACUGAAGCACUAAACAAGCUGCCAAACUGUCUCCUCAUCCUGCUUAAGUACUGUAUGCAUUGAAUCAGAGAUUCACAUUUUGUGUGUCAGAAUGCCUCAAUUUUGACUUUGACACAGUAUGUGUAUUUAACACUUCAGUACCAUCAAGACACAAUCUCCUACAACCACUGCUGUGUUUUAUUGUGAAGGAGGCUCAUUGAAUCAUUUUUUUCAACGUCUAUUUGCAACCUAUUAAAUUGUACUAUUGUACCAAUUAAAGUGAGUGUAUAUUCUUGUUCUUUUGUGCUAUGGCACAGUACAAAGUUAACAUUAAUUGUCUGUGUUCAGAAUGUCAGAGCUCAGUUGUGUGUCUGUCAGUCCACAUAUUUGUCUCCUGACAUCAUUGUAGUGUUUGUGUUCAUUCGAUCAACCAAGUCAGCAUGUUGAAUUGGGAGGUUAAUUGGCUGUUCAGCCAUCAUUUCAUCAUUUUCCCCUUUUCCACCUGUGCCUUUUCUUGUUUCUUCCGUAGGUAAAGUAAUACUUCAGAGUUUGAUGAGCAGUUUUUUGUUGACAUGAUUAUAAUCCAUACAAGGACAGGACCAGAGUAUUUCCUAUCAUGCAAGCAUAGUGCACAUGUGUAGGUAAUAAAUAAAAGUAAAACCCAACACUAAGUAAUAAUAGUAACUUUUUAAAAAUAGCAAUUAAAAAAUGAAAGUUACAAAGUGCUUUGCAGUAAAAACUAAGUAAAAAUCCUAUCCUAUCCUAAAUAAUUGAGACAGUUUCAAAAAACAGCAUAAAUUGGGGGUAGGUCAGUAAAUAACAGUGGGGUUUAAGAUUUGAUGUCAAACUUCUCCAAAGUAAGGUUCAGGGUGGAGAGGAAUGUCCAACAUGUUGCUCCAAAAUCUUGUGCAUCAUGAUUAUCAGCCUGUAUGUUCAGUCUUUGUCAUACUGUUUUUUUUCUUGUUGUGCCAGGGCUUUGCUAACCCUCUUGUUCAACACUGUUUUUAAUUCUUAUAUUAAAAAGUUAAAGAUUUUCAAAAUGAAAUCAGAGGCUUGUGAUGGUGUGAAAGUGCAAAACAUGCAGAGUCCAUUGCUGAUCAACACCCAGCCCACCUAUUUGUGUGUCCAUUCAAAACACACAGCAGUAAAUGUUAGUCUGGUUACAUUAAUGAGUGAACCACAAACCUCUCACAGCUUAAUGUUGUCUGAAUUUGGGGUCAUAAAAAGUGGUGCUGUACUCAGUGUGAAAGAAAGAACUGAUACAGUUUGUAAGUCAUGGCUGCUUUAUUAUUACUGUUUGAGUGGCAGUUUGAAUUUGAUCUCAGUCAUGCACUGAUCUUGAUGCUGUAUUGAUCACACACUGUAUGCUAAAGUGUGACAUUCUCUGUUUGACCAGCAGCUGUCUCAGCUUUUCACUGGGACCAUGGACUUUGUGUGGUGACCAAACAGUACAUCUGUAUUAUGAAAGCCACGUGUAGAAAUUUGUCUCUUUAGGGACGCUAGUGAGCACUAUCUCAUGCCGUGUAAAGUUUCUUUUUUUGGAGGGAAAAAUGUGGUGUUUUAUAAAUAAAAAUGACAGCUACUU